AUGCCGACAAAAAGUAUGACACUAUCGCAAAGAAAAAGAGCUCUCAUCGGAAGUUCUAACUUUGCAAGAGCAAUGUACAGAGAACAAUAUUCUUCAGGAAUCCGAAAAUUGAUGUCAAUCUCAUAUAAGACGCCGUCGUCAGCGUUUUUUAAGGAAAUAACAAACAGCGAUCCUUCAGAUUGGUUAUUGCAUCACAAGGAAGAAGGUCAAACCUUCGAACAAUACUUUAAAUCGUGUUUGACUGGGGUCAAUUUUAAUUCCGGUGGAUGCGAAUCAUUAAAAGAAAAAGAUUGUAAAACAACAAUCAGCAUAUUACCUCUUGGACCAUUUCCCUCCUGCAAUGAAACAAAAUGUGACAAUUCUGAAACUUAUGGGGAAAAUAACCAAUCAAAGACGAAUUCAACAUAUCCUAAUUACUUGCUUUUCUGGCUGAAAUCGUAUUGUGAAACGUUUUUUCACACUGCAAAGGUGGAAAUGUUGUCUCCGGUUACAUUGAAGGAAGUGGCUUGUGAUUAUCGCGUCAAUGAAUUCACUGGACGAUUUCAACUGAACGCUUCGCAGAUAUUAGAUUACCUUCGACGCACAAAAACUCCUUGUCAACAAUGUCUCGUAGCUGUAACUAUGAUUGAUCUAUUUCCGAAGCCAUCGUGGAAUUUCGUGUUCGGACUUGCUUCCACGAUCAGAGGAUCUGUAGGCGGAGUUGGCAUAUUCAGCUUCUGCAGAUAUAAUAACGAUUUCUAUGAAACAUGGUCACUGCGUGAAGACGUUGUUCGCAAGUAUCCAGACGGGUCGCUUGAUUACUCAGCUUUAUCAAAUGAGCAAAUGGAAAAGCAAUUCCCGCGAAUAAAUGGGAUCUUAUUACUCAGGGCGUGCAAGGUCAUGACACAUGAAGUUUGUCACAUGUUUGGGUUGAAGCAUUGUAUUUAUAUGCAAUGUCUUAUGAAUGGAACAAAUCAUUUACAAGAAUCAGAUCGUCGACCUCCACAACUUUGUCCAGUUUGUCUUAGAAAAUUACAGGCUGCUCUGAACUUCGACGUUCUUGAAAGAUACAAAGCAUUACUAAAAUGGACAUCUUCAAUAUACCGGAAAGACGUAUCAGAUACAUACGAUAAAAAACAACCAACGCACCGGCCAUCAAGUACAAAACGAAAGGAACGAGCGUCCGCCAGUCCAAAAAAGAUUAAGAGAAAGGGAAGUGCGUCUUCGCAAAGAUCAUUCAAAGCUCCAUCUCGAGCGAUUACAAAACACAGAACGACAGAUUGUGUGGACUCGGUGUCAGACAUGGUGUCGCAGAUCCCUUGCCCACCUCUAAAAGAGUUCGGGAAUUACAAACUAUGGUUACGUGAAGUGAUCGAAUUUAUACUAUCAAAUGGAAAGCCAACCUUUCUCUCUUGUCACGAGGACGAGACGCCGCAAAUUGUUGAUUUAGUUUGAUAUUGAUUGGCAAUGUAAGCCACUAAAAGAAUAUAAUCAGCAAUGACAGUAGCAAUAUAUAUUACAAGUAAUACUAAUUGUGACUUAUUCGCCAAUACCGGAAGAAAUGUCAAUUAUUCAAUCUUUCUGCAUUUUUGAAUAAUCCAGAUUGAUAAACAUCCCCCUCUGUCUAGUGUUUGAGAUCUCAGGUAAAAAAUCUGUUUAGUCAAGUGAUUGACCUAAGCUCACAUCAAAUUGCAUGUAACAAUUUGGAUAUAUCAAAAUGAUAUUUUUGGUAGUUGUCUUUGAGCUCAGUGUCUGCUCAUACAAACCUCCUUUGAAGUAAAGUGGUGAACAAACACCAUAAAAAUGACUCCACCUCAUCUAUAAUAUGUUCAUAUGGAAGAUAUAGAAAGUAUAUAUGUCUGAUAUUGUAUUCAUCAGACCUAUAUAUCUUAUUUAUAAUUCUGUGAAGAGUAGCUCUGAUAAUUCUGGUAAUAAUUCUCAGGUUUACACAUUAAUUUAUUCAGGUGCCAUUACAUUUGAACCCACGACAAUUGCAUCUGCAUACUAUUGCAGCUAUUGAAUUUUUUUUGUUUCACGGA